AUUAGGCGUUGGGGUGUUAGGUAAUCAGAAGAUUGCUUGCUUCCUAUUAUCCGGAAAGUUCAUCCAAUGAGAAACACACCGAAAGAAAAAUAGACACAACUUUGGCAUUUAGAGUUCAGUUUCCGCUGUAACUUGAGAAUGGGUGCGACUUCAACCUUCUCGUUUCCCUUUCUUGUCGGAGUUCCCUUUUCUCCUUCAACUUCUCUUCGAACAAAACCGACUUUAGCAGUAGCUGCUUCUUCGGAGGAUGCACCCGCAACUAAAUUACUGACAUUUAUCGGCAAAGGAGGUUCUGGCAAAACCACCGCCGCUAUCUUCGCUGCUCAGCAUUAUGCAAUGGCUGGAUUGAACACAUGUUUAGUGAUACAUAGCCAAGACGUCACUGCUGACUAUCUCCUCAACUGUAAGAUUGGAACUUCCCAUGUCAUAUGCAGCAAGAACCUUUCAGCUGUUAGGUUGGAAACAACCAAAAUGCUUCUUGAACCCUUAAAACUUCUGAAGCAAGCAGAUGCCCAGCUUAAUAUGACACAAGGAACACUUGGAGGGAUUGUUGGAGAAGAGCUUGGCAUCCUUCCCGGAAUGGACUCGAUCUUUUUAGUACUUGCACUUGAGAGGCUUGUAGGAUUUUUGGGGAUGGAGGCUUCAAAGAGUCGACAAGAUAAAUUUGACAUAAUAAUAUAUGAUGGUGUCAGCAGCGAGGAAACCUUGCGAAUCAUGGGUGGAAGCAGUAAAGCAAGAUUGUACUUGAAAUAUAUCCGCACAUUGGCUGAGAAAACUGACCUUGGGAGACUGGCUGCUCCUUCACUCCUCAGACUUGUGGAUGAGGCCAUGACAAUAAGUAGCAGCAGAUCUUAUUUCAAUGGUAGGAUGAGUUCAGAAACAUGGGACACUUUGGAUCAAUUUCUGGAGAGGGGAUCUUCUGCCUUCUCAAACCCACAGAGGUUUGGUUGCUUGCUUGUGAUGGAUCCUAACAAUCAAACGUCUGUCAAUUCUGCAUUACGUUAUUGGGGGUGUACAAUUCAGGCUGGUGCUCAAGUUUCAGGUGCAUUUGGAAUCUCCUCUCAGCAACCAAAACUGGAAUCAUUCGAAAGAGCAAAGAAAAAUCUUUCUCCCUUGCCUUCUGCUUUCAUCUCAAGUCCGUUAAUGAAUAGCCCAAUAGAUUGGAGCAGUGUUCUACUCAACACUGCGAAUGAAGAUGCUAGGAAUAUUCUUACUUCACUAUCAAGCCAAUCCAGUAAUACGACAUCAUCAGUUAAAUUUGAUGUCAAAAGAAAAUCAGUUACGCUCUUCAUGCCAGGUUUUGACAAAUCAGAGAUUAAGCUAUACCAAUAUAGGGGGGGAUCUGAGCUUUUGGUAGAAGCAGGCGACCAAAGACGUGUCAUCCCUUUGCCUCCAACAAUUCAAGGAAAGGUUGGCGGGGCCAAAUUCCAGGACAGAAGUCUUGUUAUUACAUUGCUAUAAUUCUAUUAUAUGCUUUUUCCUUUUUUGCCUUUUAUGCCUUGGCCCUGAAAACUACACCAUGCCUGCUGAGGAUUAUUAAUAUUAUACGGCAGUGACAAUUCGUCUUUUAGUUCUUACUCCACAUUUCUGCAUAAAUUGGACAAUCAGUGGAUUAUGCAAAGGAAGUUUGUCAUUUUUCAUUCUCUCCUUUGAAACUUACAUCUAUAUUUAUAGGCCUCCAACUGUCUGAUAAAAAAAUUUCUCAUGUAGGUUUCAUUGAAUUAUUACUAACAUGUUAAAUGAUCUCAUGUAGAUUCUCCAUUGAAUAUUUGUUCAGUUGACUUUUGCUCUAAGAUGACAUAAUUACAGGCCUCCAACUGUCUGAUAAA